AUGAGAAACGACACUGCUGCGGAAGGAACACCUGUGGAAGACGCAGGGAAAGCCGUGCCUUCGAACAGAAGCAAAGACCACAAUGAAAGUUGCGCGGAGCAGGCGGGAGACUCCCCAAAGAAAACUGACCUAAACGAAAUGAACAAAAUGAACAAACCGAUGAAUGGGUUUGCCGCUAACAUCGCCAUGGAGGCGCUCGCGAAGGCGUCCAAAUUUAUUUCAAAAAAUGAACGCGUCCAGAAGGAGUACAGCGGCGUGGGGCUAAACGACGAAGAAGAUAAAGACUCGCGGGAGCACCUAGACGUCAACGGACACAACGCUCACGCAGGUGGAGCGAAAGUCGGGCCAAACAAGAAUUUCUUACACGGGGCUCACCCCAUCUUGCCAGGAAUAGACAAGGAACUGCAGGAAAAGCUGAAGAACCGACGGUGUAACGCGUAG